CCGCACUAUACACAAAUUAAAACCAAAUAAAACUUAAAACCUAAAUCAUCGAAAAUUAAAAGUCAGGCAAAUUGACACAAACAAAUAUUUACCCGGUUACCUAGCAAUACGCGCAAAUUCAAAUCAAGUGGCCGCUUCCCGCGCCCACCACCACCAACAUAAAAAAAAUUAAAAACCCAUACGUGUCAAUUUGCAAUGACGUUUCUAGGUUGUUUUGGCAGCUGACAUGUUUUGAUAAAAUCCAGUCGUAAUGUAUUGUUAACGUUUUCUAUGUUUAUUUAUUGUAUUAUUUAUUAAUUUUGACGACAUGGCAUCACAACAAGGAAAUUCAAGUGAGUUGGAGGUGCUUAAAAGUGAAAUAGAACGUCUGAAUAGGGAACUUGACCAGGCCAGUAGCGAAAAAGUGCAAUCUGCACAAUACGGUCUCGUAUUAUUAGAGGAAAAAAAGGAAUUGGAACAAAAAUGCGAAGAACUAGAAACGCUCUAUGAAAACAACAAGCACGAGUUGGGCAUUACUCAAGAGGCACUAGCAAAAUUCCAAUCUAGUCACAAGGUAACAACAGAAACGGGCAUUGAAUCGGAGGAAUCGCUGCUAAACGAAUCGGCGGCCAAAGAAAACUUCCUAAACUUCACGAUAGUGGAGCUAGAGGGCGAGGUGAAACAGCUGCGCCAUGAGCUCGACCGAGUCACGGCCGAGCGCGACCGGAUGCUGCAAGAGAACAACGACAUGGGCAAGGACAAGGACGACCGCGGCAUGGAGUGCAAAAAGCUGCGCACCGAGCUGCGCGAGGUAAAAUUCAGGGAGAACAGACUGAUUACCGACUAUUCGGAGUUGGAGGAGGAGAAUAUUGUGCUUCAAAAGCAAGUUUCAGCGUUGAGAAGUAGCCAGGUGGAGUUUGAGAGUUUGAAGCAUGAGAUUAGAAGGUUACACGAAGAUAUGGAACUGUUAAACAUACAAGUUGAUGAAUUGACAAACUUGAAAAAAAUCGCUGAGAAGCAUAUGGAAGAAGCGUUGGAAUCUUUACAAAGCGAAAGGGAAGCUAAAUACGCCUUAAAAAAAGAGUUAGACCAACAAAUAAACAAGGAAUCUUUCUACAACAUUAACAAUCUAGCCUACAGUAUAAGAGGUGGUAUUGCUGAUGAAACAACCCUAGGCAGUGAUUGUGAAGAUGACUUACCCGGUCUAAAACGAAUUGAAGACAGUUUGGGUAACGCAGCCGAAUUAACCUCGCCGGACGACAAACAUGUAGAUCUAUUCUCUGAAGUUCACCUCAACGAGCUCAAAAAACUCGAAAAACAACUCGAAUCGCUGGAAAAAGAGAAGGUGAGCUUGUCGCAAAACCUCAGAGACAACCAAAAUAUGGUCGAGAAAAGUCAAGGAGAGUUGCAAGUAUUUUUGGCUAGACUUACGCAGCUAGCUGCUCAUGUAGACUCCCUCCAACAUUUAUCCCAAAGUGCCAACAAAACUCUUCUCAAACCGGCUGAGGAAUCAUCGAAAAUCCUCGACCAAUACCAACAGUGGUUCAAGAUGUCGUCAAAGGAAAUCGACCAGUUGAAGCAAGACAUCAAGGAGUUGGAAAAACUGACGAACAUCUCAGACGCCACCUUGCAGCUGCGUAACGAAAUAACCAACCUGAAGAACAAACUGCUGGACACUGAGCAGAAGAGUAUGGAUCUUGAUGGCGAUUUGAAGCUGUUAAGUGAGUUUGCCAGCGAAGCUGGAGCUUCGCUGGAUGAGACGCAGAAUAAUUUACAGACAGUUUCGGAGGAGCUGGCUCAGCUGUAUCAUCUUGUAUGCACUGUUAACGGGCAGACUCCAAGUAGAGUGGUUUUGGAUCAUGAAAAAGAAGGAAUGACACCAAUUACGGAGACAGCUCCCCCUAUCGGCGAGAUGAGCAAGAUAGAGCUGCUCAGAAGUCGUUUGAAGAGCGACAUUCCGCUUCACGAUUUGGAAUCACUGAACGACACCGGUAUUAUGGCCAGAAACGUCUGCACUGUGGUCGAUCAAAUCAAAUAUCUGAGGACUGCAAUCGAAAACACCAUCGAGCUGUCCAAGAUAAAAAGCGAGAAGUCCGACAGAUCUUACGAUGCGAGUCGCGAAGAUGCUGCAGACAAUGAGUUGGCCGAGAUGCAGGUGAUCAAGCUGAAGAGCUUGCUGUCGACGAAACGCGAGCAAAUCGCCACCUUAAGAACCGUCCUGAAAUCCAACAAAAACACCGCCGAGGUGGCCUUGACCAAUUUGAAGAGCAAGUACGAGAGCGAGAAGACAAUCAUCUCAGAAACGAUGAUGAAGCUGAGAAACGAACUGAGGCUGCUGAAAGAAGAUGCCGCCACUUUCUCAAGUCUGAGAGCCAUGUUCGCGGCGCGCUGCGAAGAAUACGUCACUCAGGUCGACGAGCUGCAACAGCAGCUCAGCGCCGCCGAAGAGGAGCGUAAAACGCUCAACCAACUGCUGCGCCUGGCCGUGCAGCAGAAACUGUCGCUCACGCAGCGCCUCGAAGACUUGGAGGUCGACCGCGAGAUACGCAACGCGCGAAGGCCGAACAAUCGCAACCAGCAACGACCGGGCAGGUCGGGACGCGAGAUGUUCUAGCCGAGGGGCGGGCCCGUUGUUUACGCCAUCGCCUUCUUCACCACCUUUUUCAAGCUCUAGAUACGCCGCCAGAGACGUCUAGUGGCACCCCUACAAACCUCUAGACGCCGGAUGAAAUAGCCGAAUGAAUAUACAUAAACGACGGGAUGAGUAAGAUUCUGUUUUUUUUUUUUACUUUUUAGUGUUUAUUAUUAUGAUAGACCAUGGCCAAUUUAUUAGACUCGCUCACAAAAUUUAAUGUGCUUUAAUUUUAGGAAUUUGUAAAAUAGUUAAAAUCUAAAAACGCGAUAAGGUCGAUAAAACAAAUUUUAACGAUAAAAUUAAAAUUAAAUAAUUACCUAUAAUACUUUUUGGGCUUUAAAACUCAGUUUUGGUACAUUAGAUACAUAUCCAAAUAUGUACUCCAAAGUUUUAUUGCAAAAAUAAGUUUUAAAGCUAAAGAUGGUAAAAUUCCCAUUUGACGAAAAUUCCCGCAAACUUUCCAUCGCAAAUUUCCAAAACUUUCCGAAAGUUAAAAAAAAUUUUAUCAAGAAAAAAAAAUUGUUUAUAUGAAUGUAUACUAGACUGGGCCAAAAAAAUCAACUAUUUUUUGUUUGAAAAGUAUAUCGAAAAUAAGGUUUUAAAAAAAAUUAUUGUGAAAGUUUGAGUCCAUAAUAUUAAUAUUAAGAGGUCUAUCAUCGCAAUUUUAAUUUUUUUUUCCUCAGCAAGUUUUAGGUUCAGAACUCCCAAACCAUUGUCACCCCAAACAAUAUUUUCGAUAUACUUUCCAAAAAAAAAUAGUCGAUUUUUUUGGCCCAGUCUAAUGUAUACAUACUGCAAUGUAUGAUGAAACAUAAAAAAUAAACUGUUAACUAUCAGAAUUCACUAGAUAUUACAUAAAAUAAUAUAAAGGAACAAAGUAACUAUACAGGGUGUCCCAGAAUAUGUAGGCAAUCUCCAGGCAAUCUCCAGGAUAAAAAUAAUAUGACAUAACGGACGCCCCUGGAAAUCGUUUUUUUUGAACUACAAGGUGAAAUUGAAUAAUUUUUAAAUAUAUUGUUUAAGAGGAAUCACAUUUGUCUUAUUUAGUUUGCCAGGGACGGACUAACUCUAACGAAGUAAUGCUAUUUUGUACUAUAAAGGCAGAACAAUAAUAUUUUUAGUCAGCUUAAACCUUAAACUAAAAAAAGGUAAUUUUAAUCUACUUUCUUCUUCUUUCUUUCUAAAUUCGGUAUUUUCAACCUUGGUGCUUGGAAGCUAGUCCAUGUGACCAUAUGCUUGUAUACGGCUUCAGCAAGCUACCUCCGCCAUUUGACAAUGUGGAAAUUUC